AUGGCCGUGUUUAACACUGUGCUGGGGGUACAUAUGCCGCAUCUCGUUGAGGUUGCCCUUCUUGUGUUUAUGGUGUACGGCCUGGCGUGCCUUGUGACGAUGCUCUACUUUGCCACUAAACACAAAUUCUCUGCACCAGGCCCGAUGUUUGUGACACCACUUCUCGGUGGGUUGGGCAUGAUGAUAAGGGACCCCUUCACAUUUUGGGAGAAGCAGCGCUUCUACAGCCCGAAUGGGUACAGCUGGCAAGCAAUUCUGACUCAGUUUGUCCUUUUUGUCACUAACGCUGACUUGUGCCAUAAAAUAUUCGCCACCAACAGUGAAGGUACGCUGUCUCUUCAGCUGCACCCUAACGGGAGGGUUAUUCUUGGAGACAACAACAUAGCCUUCCAAAGCGGCCCACAACACAAGGCCCUUCGUGCCAGCUUCAUGAACCUUUUCACGACAAAAGCGCUUUCUUUGUAUUUACCCAUUCAGGAACGCCUUAUUCGCGAGCAUUUGGCAGAGUGGGUGAGGAAAUACCCCUUUGGAGGCAAACCUGAGGAGAUGCGAAACCACAUACGUGAAAUGAACUGCAAAACUUCCCAAACAAUCUUUCUUGGCGAGCAUCUUCACAAUUGUGAGGAGUUUACUCGUAACUACAAUGUUAUAACGGUUGGAUUUCUUUCUCUCCCCAUCUACUUUCCUGGAACAGCCCUGUACAAGGCGGUUCAUGCGCGGAAAAAGGUGGUGGAUGAGCUAACAGCGGCUGUCGGUCGGAGCAAGGCUCACAUGUCCCUUCCCGAUGCGGAGGCCCACUGUUUGCUUGAUUUUUGGUCUGCGACGAUACUGGAGAUCAUGAAGGCUUCUGCGGAUGGGGGUGAGGAUCCACCGCCGUUUACGUCUGACCACGCAAUGGCGGAUACAAUGUUGGAUUUUUUGUUUGCCUCACAGGAUGCAUCCACCGCAAGUCUCACUAUGAUCACCGCCACAAUGGCUGAUCGGCCCGAUAUUUUGGAACGAGUUCGUCAGGAGCAAGAAAGGUUGCGUGUGGGGGACGAGCCUUUAACGAAUGAUGUGGUACAAGAAAUGGCUUUUACCAGGCAAUGUGUUUUGGAGCAGCUCCGUCUAUUUCCUCCUGCACCAAUGGUGCCCAUGAAGGCCCAUUCCGAUUUUGUCAUUGACGAUCAUUACACGGUGCCCAAAGGCAGCCUGGUUAUUCCAUCCCUUGUGGGGGCUUGCCGUGGAGGGUUUACAAACCCCAACCAAUACGAUCCAGAUCGCAUGGGACCUGAACGCCAAGAGGAUCGAAAAUUCUCCAAACACUUCAUUCCUUUUGGUGUUGGCCCACAUCGGUGCGUUGGCUACAAUUACGCCAUUAAUCACAUUACGAUUUAUUUGGCAACCAUUGCCCAACUGGCUGAGUGGAAGCGAACACGCACCCCGAGAUCAGACGAGGUGCUUUACCUGCCUACCCUCUACCCACGUGACUGCCUCUGCACCUGGAGGUACCGUGAGAGCAUGGGGACAAAAGAACAAGGUGUGUAG